AGCAGAGACCUUCCGCGUCACAUGCGCAUCGAACUACAAUUAAAGGGGACGCCUGCAAUUAUUUUACCAGACAAAAAAACCUUGAAGGUUAAUAAUGAGUUUCUUAACUGAGGAAAUUGCCAAAUCUGGGAAAGUUGGGCUUCUAUUUACUGCAGCAUGGAAGUCGUAACACCGUCGUCAAAGGAUGAGUGAAGCAGUCGCUCCAUCAACCUUUGUGCGGAGCCUCGGCUAUGGGACCCUACAUCAGCUGGCUGACUUCUUGGACCCCCAAGACAGCUGGAAGAGGGUCCUCAUGGAAAUCAGAAAACCCACAGGAGAGCCAAGGUACAGCCAGCUCCACCUCAGGAGGUUUGAGGGCGUCGUGGCCAUGGGGAAAAGCCCCACAAUUGCCCUGCUCUCCGACUGGGGCACCACCAACUGCACGGUGGGCCAGCUGGUGGACAUCUUGGUAAGAAACCAGCUCCUGGCUCCAGCUCGUCUACUUCUGCCAGAUUUAGCUGUGGGGAUCCCAGUUGUGCCAUCUCCGAGUCCUGGAUGGCAGGAAACAGUCGGACUGAGCAAACAGGUAACUGUCGCCAUGGGCCGGGCGGAGGAGCGCCAGCUGGCGGACAGCACCAGAACUCAAGUGGAGGACAAAGAGUCACCCGAUGACAGAGGCUUCCACAGGUUCUCCUUCCAAGAGCUGCUCCAGAUGACUAGUAAUUUUGAUGAUCGGUCUGCAUCUGAGGGUGGAGGCAAGUUGGGGGAAGGUGGCUUUGGGACCGUGUACCGUGGAAACUUCAACAAAGUGGAUGUGGCGGUGAAGAAACUGAACUCUAUGGAUGACAUUUCCCCCCAGGACCUGAAAACUCAGUUCAAUCAGGAAGUCCAGACUCUGCGGACGCUGAAACACAAGAACCUUGUGGAGAUGGUUGGCUUCUCCUGCGACGGCGAUCACUUGUGCCUGGUGUAUCCUUACAUGUGCAACGGUUCGCUUUUGGACAGACUAGCUUGCCUUGGUGACAGUCUUCCUCUGUCUUGGACCCGAAGGUGUUUGAUUGCUGCUGGCACAGCAAGAGGCCUAGAGUACUUACAUAGCAACCACCACAUCCACAGAGAUGUGAAAAGCGCAAACAUCCUCCUGGACGAGACUUUUGAGCCGAAGAUCUCGGAUUUUGGUCUGACGCGGGCCUCCGAGAAGAAGAGCGCCUCCACCGUCCUUACGGAGAAGAUCGUGGGAACCACGGCGUACAUGGCGCCCGAGGCGUUGCGGGGAGAGAUCACCCCGAAGUCGGAUGUCUUCAGCUUCGGUGUGGUACUGCUGGAAGUGCUGUCUGGACUUCCCCCAGUUGACAGCUCCCGUGACCCUCAGUUCCUAAUGGAAAUGAAAGAAGAAAUUGAGGAUGAGGAGCUGACGCUGGAGCACUUUGUGGAUAAGAAGAUGGGAGACUGGGGCCAGGCCUCUGUGGAAAAAAUGUACUCAGUAGCCAAGGACUGUCUCAGUGAGAGGAAGAACAGGAGGCCGCAGAUGGAGGAGGUCUUGAGGGAGCUUGAAAACAUUCUUACCACCAUCUCACUGGAUCAGUUGAGCUAUGAGAAGAAAGUGUAGAAGACACCAAAUGCUACCUAAGGGCAGCUUGUGCCCCUCUUCACAAAUUCAAAUAAAGCAAAGCACAGCUCUGCAAGGACAGGCCUUUGAUUACUG